UUCAAACUUAUAGAAAUUGUUUCAUUGUUUCAAAGUUGUUCAAUGUGAAAGAAUAUAUCUGCCAAAAUACUUUCAGACCAAGUGUGAUAAUAGACAUCAAAGUAUAUGAUUUAUCCACGCUACCGAAAGUUAGAUAAGAGAGAUCUGCAAAAUAUUGUACACUACCUGAAGUUAGAUAAGAGAGAUUUAGUGAACACUGUCAUAAUGUCUUCGGAGUAUUCUUUACACGCUUUGUUUCUGUUUAGCAUAAUUUUCGUGACCAAACAACUGUAUAAUGGUAAUACUCUGAUGCAGUUAUACAUUUGUAUCUGGAACAAAACCUUAGUAAUUAUAUAAAUGGUUUUAUUUUAUUCAAUAAUUCCAAAAAUGAUAAAAUAUCAGCUGUGCGGAUAUUAAGGUUUCGACGAUCGCCAUUUUUAGUGCGUAACAAAAGUGGAGAAAAUGCAAAAAUGCAAAGGACCGUCCAGCCCGUGAUUCGAACUGGGAUCACUGAAUCCCCAGUUAAGUGCUGUACCAACUAAGAUAUCUGGCCACUGGACCGCCAUAAGUGAAUUAAGUGCACUAUUUUGUCAUGUUAUUUAUUCAUCAUCUAAAUAGCUGAAUGUAAAAAGGAGUCCUAAAUAUUACUCUAAGGCGCAUAAACUUUUUAUCCUGUGCUUAUAAAUGCCAUGGAUUUGGAUCGUAGAUACUACGUGAAGUUUCAUUCAUUACUGGGAAUUUCCGGAACUGACCGUAAUAGAUUGAAGGGUAAACGUGCAUGCGCAGUAAAAAAGAAAAACACAUAAUCAUACUAUAUAGGAUGAAGCUUUACAUAUUUGUUUUUGUCAUCGGAAGUACCUGUUUUAAAGUGACUGGCUAUCCCAUACUACGCAAUCACUCCACAUCAACACCUCCCGUGGAUAAGUACCAGAUUGAAACACCUCCCGUGGAUGAGUACCAGGUUGCAACACCUCCCGAGUAUGAGUACCAGAUUGCAACUUCUCCCGUGGAUGAGUACCAGAGUACUACACAGAAGUCAGAGAAUGGCUUAAAUUUUUUGGGGACUCCUUACUCGGCAACAACACAACCAUCCAUUAAAACGACGGAUCCACAAUUUCAUCAGACUACACCAGGAAACCCUACAAGCACCACAGCACCACCACAGACCAUGCCAGAAACACCUGCAAACAAGCCACCCAAUGAAAUGUCCGUUAUGUCAGACAUGAAGAUUCCAACAGAUACAAAAAUUGCGAUGACUAUGGCUAUAGUGAUUGUUUUUGUUUUAGUGUUCAUCGUGCGUUUGUCUAAACUAUAAAGAUAUAUUUCAAAGGGCAAAUUAAUUUUUCAAAAAUUUGAAUGAGGUCAUUUUGUUUUCCCACUUGAUUUUUUUUUACUUGUUUAUGAACAUUUCAAAUUUUUGUCAUCUUUAACAUGAGAACAUUGAUUGUAACACUAUUACUUUUUAUGUCGCACUUAGAAAGAUUAAAAGGUCUAAAGCACAUGUUGAUAGUGGUACGAGGUAUAUUAAAUGAAUACUUAAUUGAAUGUGAAGAAUUUCUUUCAUCAUUAUUUGUAAAUAUGUUCAAUAAAAUGUUAGAAACUGUU